UGCAGGCUGACCCCCAAUCAAAGGGUUUAUCCGGCUCUUUCUUGUGUGCUAAACUCUUUUCUAGUGUUAAAGUUCAAGAACCGUAACACCUGGAUCAGAGCAGGUAUUGAAGUCGUAGCAGACAAGAUCGACAAUCUUGUUGACACUAUUGCUAACCUUCAUGUUCUUGAUGAAGAGACUCAACAGAAGAAGAUGGCAGAUAAGUUGUUGCUCCGUGAACAAGAGCGUACUGCUCUCGCCACACAGCUUGACACAUCCAUGGAAACCUCUUUCCACAACGUAUUUAGAGAAUUUUUACCUCUGCUACAACAACAUCCUGGUGUUGAUCCUCCACCACCUCCACCACCAAAUCAUGGUCAACCACAACAGCUGCGCCCUAAUAUCAAUUUUCCAACCUUUGCUGGUGAAGACCCUGAUGGCUGGAUUUUUAAUGCAGACCAAUAUUUUAGUGUUUACAAUACAUCUGACGCUCUUAAAAUUGUUGUCGCCUCUGCUCAUCUUAAAGGCGGGGCCAACCAAUGGUUUCGAUGGAGAAGAACCAAAACUGCAGUCAAUUCGUGGGAACAGUUUUGUACUUUAGUUCGUGAAAGAUUUGCUCCGGAAAAAUUUGUUGAUGCUCGGUUGGCUAUUAACACCAUUAAUCAGCAAGGUACAAUACGUGAACAUAUACCUGAAUAUGAGCAUCUCUUAAACUUUGUUGAUUUUCCUGAGGAUUAUUUAAUCAGUUGCUUCAUUCGUUCUUUAAAACCUCGUAUUGGUACUACGGUUAAGUUGUUGGCACCACAAAAAUUACUUGAGGCUUUUACUAAAGCUUUUCAUCAAGAAGAAUCCUAUGCAGCUGUUACUAAGACUGUCACAAGAUAAGCGGUAUUGGGGCUGUUUUAAUGCAAUCUCAACAACCAAUUGCAUUCUUUGGUAAACCUCUUUCAGGCAAGAACUUAAACCUCUCUAUUUAUGACAAAGAGAUGUUAGUUGUUGUUU